CCGGGGUCCCCACCUGCCAGCCCUGCUGCACACAUGGCGCCUCCGAGCGAGGAGACGCCCCUGAUCUCUCAGCGAUCUUGCAGCCUCUCGUCUUCAGAGACUGGUGCCUUGCAUGUGCUGCUGCCCCCUCGGGGCCCUGGGCCCCCUCAGCGCCUCUCCUUCUCCUUUGGGGACCACUCAGCUGAAGAACUGUGUGUUCAGGCUGCUAAGGCCAGUGGCAUCCUGCCCGUGUACCACUCCCUCUUUGCUCUGGCCGUGGAAGACCUGUCCUGCUGGUUUCCCCCAAGCCACAUCUUCUCCGUGGAGGAUGUGGGCACCCAGGUCCUUGUCUACAGGCUCCGCUUUUACUUCCCUGACUGGUUUGGGCUAGAGAAGUGUCACCGAUUCGGGCUUCGAAAGGACUUGGCCAGUGCCAUCCUUGACCUGCCAGUCCUGGAACACCUAUUCGCCCAGCACCGCCACGACCUGGUGAGCGGCCGCCUCUCCGUGGGCCUCAGCCUCAAGGAGCAGGGCGAAUGUCUGAGCCUGGCUGUGCUGGACCUGGCCCGGAUGGCCUGUGAGCAGGCCCAGCGGCCAGAGGAGCUGCUGAAGACCAUCAGCUACAAGACCUGCCUGCCUCCCAGUCUGCGCGACCUGAUCCAGGGCCUGAGCUUUGUUACACGGAGGCGCAUCCGGAGGAGGGUGCGCCAGGCCCUGUGCCGCGUGGCGACCUGUCAGGUUGACAGGCACUCACUCAUGGUCAAGUACAUCAUGGACCUGGAGCGACUGGACCCGACCAGGGCUACCGAGACCUUCCUCGUGGGCCUCCCCGGGGCUGCUGGUGGUCAGGACGCAUCGGGGUUGCUCCGCGUGUCUGGUGGUAGCGGCAUUACCUGGAGUCCAGGACCACAGGAGGUCUUCCAGCCUUUCUGCGACUUUCCAGAAAUCGUGGACAUCAGCAUCAAGCAGGCCCCGCGCGUUGGCCCGGCUGGGGAACACCGCCUGGUCACCGUCACCAGGACAGACAACCAGAUCCUGGAGGCUGAGUUCCCGGGGCUGCCAGCCGCGUUGUCUUUCGUGGCGCUUGUCGACGGCUACUUCCGGCUGACCACCGACUCUCGGCACUACUUCUGCAAGGAGGUGGCGCCUCCGCGGCUCCUUGAGGAGGUGGCGCAGCAGUGCCACGGCCCCAUCACCCUGGAUUUUGCCAUCAACAAACUCAAGACUGAGGGCUCCCUUCCUGGCUCCUAUGUUCUCCGUCGCAGCCCCCAGGAUUUCAACAGCUUCCUCCUCACUGUUUGUGUCCAGACCCCCCUGGGCCCCGAUUACAAGGGCUGCCUCAUCCGGUGCGACCCCACAGGAACCUUUUCCUUGGCUGGCCUUGGCCGACCCCACAGCAGUCUUCGAGAGCUACUGGCAGCCUGCUGGGAGGGCGGGCUGCAUGUAGAUGGGGUUGCACUGAACCUCACCUUCUGUUGCACCCCUAGACCCAAAGAAAAGUCCAAUCUGAUUGUAGUCCGGAGAGGCUGCAGUCCACCCACAUCAUCCCCUGUUCAGCCCCACGCGGGAUGCCAGCUGAGUCAGAUGACCUUCCACAAGAUCCCUGUUGACAGCCUGGAGUGGCAUGAGAACCUGGGUCAUGGAUCCUUCACCAAGAUUUACCGGGGCUGUCGCCAUGAGCCUGUGGACGGGGAGCCUCGGAAGACAGAGGUGCUGCUCAAAGUGUUGGACGCAAAACACAAGAACUGCACGGAGUCAUUCCUGGAAGCGGCGAGCUUGAUGAGCCAAGUGUCAUACCAGCAUCUCGUGUUGCUUCAUGGCGUGUGCAUGGCCGGAGACAGCAUCAUGGUGCAGGAAUUUGUACACCUGGGAGCAUUGGACACAUAUCUACGUAAGUGUGGCCAUCUGGUGCCAGCCAGCUGGAAGCUGCAGGUAAUCAAACAGCUGGCCUACGCCCUCAACUAUCUGGAGGACAAAGGCCUCAUCCAUGGCAAUGUCUCGGCCCGUAAGGUGCUCUUGGCUCGGGAGGGGUCUGAUGGGAGCCUGCCCUUCAUCAAGCUGAGUGAUCCUGGUGUCAGUCCCACUGUGCUAAGCCUCGAGAUGCUCACUGACAGGAUCCCCUGGGUGGCCCCUGAAUGUCUCCAGGAGGCCCGGACACUUGGCUUGGAAGCUGACAAGUGGGGCUUUGGUGCCACAGUCUGGGAGGUGUUCAGCGGUGUCACAAUGCCAAUCAGUACCAUGGACCCUGCCAAGAAGCUCCAGUUUUAUGAGGAACGGCAGCAGCUGCCUGCCCCCAAGUGGAUGGAGCUGGCCCUACUGAUCCAACAGUGCAUGACCUACGAGCCAGGCCACAGGCCCUCCUUUCGUGCUGUCAUCCGUGAUCUGAACAACCUCAUUACGUCAGAUUACGAACUCCUCUCAGACCCCACACCUGGUGCUCUGGCGCCCCGUGAUGGGCUGUGGAAUGGCGCCCAGUUCUAUGCCAGCCAGGACCCCACCAUCUUUGAGGAGAGACACCUCAAGUACAUUUCACAGCUGGGCAAGGGCAACUUUGGCAGCGUGGAACUGUGCCGCUAUGACCCACUGGGAGACAACACAGGAGCCCUGGUGGCUGUGAAGCAGCUGCAGCACAGCGGGCCAGACCAGCAGAGGGACUUCCAGCGGGAGAUCCAGAUCCUCAAAGCCCUGCACAGCGACUUUAUUGUCAAGUAUCGUGGUGUCAGCUAUGGCCCAGGCCGCCAGAGCCUGAGGCUGGUCAUGGAAUACCUACCCAGUGGCUGCCUGCGGGACUUCCUGCAGCGGCACCGCGCACGCCUGGAUGCCAGCCGCCUGCUCCUCUAUGCCUCGCAGAUCUGCAAGGGCAUGGAGUACCUGGGCUCCCGCCGCUGUGUGCACCGCGACCUGGCAGCGCGUAACAUCCUGGUGGAGAGCGAGACGCACGUCAAGAUCGCUGACUUUGGCCUCGCGAAGCUGCUGCCACUGGAUAAAGAUUAUUACGUUGUCCGCGAGCCGGGCCAAAGCCCCAUCUUCUGGUACGCCCCGGAGUCCCUCUCAGACAACAUCUUCUCGCGCCAGUCGGACGUCUGGAGCUUUGGGGUCGUUCUGUAUGAGCUAUUCACCUACAGUGACAAGAGCUGCAGCCCUUCCACUGAGUUCCUGCGGAUGAUGGGAUGCGAGCGAGAUGUGCCGGCUCUCUGCCGCCUCCUGGACCUUCUGGCAGAGGGCCAGAGGCUGCCUGCACCUCCAGCCUGCCCUAGUGAGGUUCAUGAGCUCAUGAAGCUGUGCUGGGCUCCCAGCCCACAAGACCGGCCAUCCUUCAGCACCCUGGGCCCCCAGCUGGAUGCACUGUGGAGUGGGAGCCGGGGGUAG